UCAUAGGACCUCUGAGAGCAUUAAGAUUGCUAUGUGCGUCUUCUACACCAAAGUCGGGGCAAAUGCAUUGUUUUGCACAGAGGCGUGAAUCACCAAUCACGGUUGGCUUUUCCGACGACAUUUCACGGUUUCUAGAGUGAUGGCACUAUCCUGUUUUUUCUUUGAAACUAUGAAACUAGGGAUUAGCCUCGGCAACAACAUUCCAACCGAAGUGAUCAGUGUGUGGCUGUGGAUCAAAUCUAGGCAGUCAAAAAUCAUUCCAGCUCUUUAACAAGAAUUUCGUAAGUCACCUUGAGGCUUUAUAAUCCCCCGAACCUGUUCGUGUUAUUCUUGUAAAACAAGGAACUAUGAUCAUGCACCGAUAUGAGUUACUUCGCACAAGACACAAGCUCGAUCAUGGAGGGUGACUCUAUGAAGAAAACAGGUGCAUUGCUGAUUGAACUGGAACUUCGGGGCGAGGAGUGUGGAACGUUUAAAAUUCGUGCAUCUAUGGAGUAUUUUGUUGUUUAUAAAUCAAGUUAUUGGAAGACGUAAUUACUUUUUGUCUCCCAGCAUCUGAAGCUGCAAAGUCCCUCUUAGGAGAGCAUCUGGGUGAUAUUGCGUGAAGAAAUAUCGUUCAAAUGAGUACCAACGUCCAAGGUGAGGUCGACCCUCGCUUUCGCCGAGUGCAAGAGGUUUUCCAAAGGCACUUCGAAAACGGAUCCGAACGGAGCGCCCAAUGUUGCGUUUACUACCAGGGCGUUAAAGUGGUCGAUCUUUACGGCAGUGCCACCGAUGACCAUUCUUACACGGCCAACACCCUACAAACGGUAUUCAGUUCGACCAAAGUGGUGACGUCGAUCGCUUUGGCUUGCAUGGUUGACCAAGGACGACUGAGCUAUAAGGACAAGAUUGCUCAGCAUUGGCCAGAAUUUGGCCAGAACGGAAAGGAGAACAUUCGAGUGGAGGAUGUUUGUCGCCACGAAGCUGGUCUAAACCAUUUUUCAACCACCCUGCCAGGGUCAGCUGUCUUGACCGAAAAUAUCAAGCGUAACCAAAUCGGAGAGGUCAUCGAAAAUGAAUGGCUCAAAGCCGAUCCCGACGAGGAAGGAAAAUAUCCAAGAAAAUAUCAUUUGCUCACGCGGGGGUGGAUCUUGAACGAGAUCUUCCGCCGGGUUGAGCCCCAAGGCCGCACUAUGGGGGAGUAUGUUCGUCAAGAGAUUGCUGAGAAGCUGGGCAUUGAUGUGUACAUAGGGAUCACGGACGAGGAGAUGAAGAGGCUGCGUCCAUUGAGCUAUCUAACCAAAGGUCAGAUAUUACUGGCUAGUCUGAACCCAUUUACCCGAGUCAUUGAACCCAGCUUUGGAGGGCUCCUCGCCAUGUUCCAAUAUAAGCCACCCAAGGCCGAAGGAGCCAAACCAAAAGAGCCUCAUCGGAAGCCCCGUCCAGCUUUGGAGUAUAUGACCAGGCUCCUGGAUCCGAUCGAGGUGAUCGAGGAUUGCUUGAGCCAGCCAGUCGUCAUCCAUGGGGAAACGCCCAGCGCCAAUGGAAGUUGCUCCGCCCGAGGCAUGGCCAAACUGGCAGCUUGUAUUGUCAAUGGCGGCCAAUUGGAAGGAGUCAGGAUUUUGUCCCAAGAGGCUUGUGAUCAAAUGCAUGCAAAUUUUCAAGAAAGGCCAGAUUGGUCACUCUUUGGAACUAGGACUAGUUUCAGCCAAGGGGGUCUCCACCUUUAUCAGACAGACGAGAAUGCUCCCUCGUUAUCAAAAUGGGUCAAGAACCCGUUGAGAAAUGGCUACAUUGGCUGGCAUGGCUUGGGUGGAUCUGCCCUGCAAUGGCAUCCAAAGUAUCAGGUGGGAUUUGCCUAUGCUCCAACAUUGAUUGCUUGGGAAGACCCCGGGAAUGCCAAGGCAGCUAGACUUCAACGGGCCGUGAUUGAUUCAAUAUUGGAAAUUGAGGGGGCCAAGAACAUCGCAAAGCUUUGAUCCCAUGAAAAAAAGCUGGAUCUUUUGUUGCCAGCUUCCGCUUUACCCAAAGAAAGACACCACUACAGUGUAAUUGUCAGCGAUUGAGAGCAAAAGUGAUAACAUGUGCUUGGCUAAAUUCGACAUUUUUUGGCAGAUUGACAAAUAUUCUUGGCGCCCUGUUGGGCUGUUUCCACUAUUUUUUUCGACAAUAGCAUAUUUGCAAUUUGGAA